GCUGACGGCGUCAACUUCCGGUUUCCUUGUUGUCUGUUUUCUGUUGAUGCGGCGGAUCGUUCAACGGUGACCGGGAAAGAUGGAGCGCUACGGGUCGGACGCGGACGACACGCCGCUGCUUCACCGCCGAAACGAAGACAAAGUCCAGAGAGCCCCGGCAUGCUGCUCGUCCCGCUAUGGCCUGGCGCUGCUCUCCUCCUUCGGCUUCUUCGUGGUUUACUCCCUGCGGGUGAACCUCAGCGUGGCCAUGGUGGACAUGCUCAACACCACCCGCCCGUCCAGCUCCAACCACAGCGGCUCCGUGUGUCCGGCUCACGCCAACCCGCCGCGGCCCAAACACAACCACACGGCCAGCGUGUACGACUGGGACUCGGCGACUCAGGGAUGGAUCCUGGGCUCCUUCUUCUACGGCUACAUCCUCACGCAGAUACCUGGCGGCUACCUGGCCGGCCGCUACGGCCCCAAGUGGCUGAUGGGCUUCGGGAUCCUGGGGACCGUCGUCUUCACGCUGAUCACCCCCCUGGCGGCCGACCUGGGGGCCGGGUACCUCAUCGCCGUCCGGGUGCUGGAAGGGAUCGGAGAGGGCGUGACCUUUCCCUCCAUGUACACCAUGUGGGCGGCCUGGGCUCCUCCGCUGGAGAGGAGCCGACUGCUCACCAUCUCCUACAUUGGAGCUCAGCUCGGGACGGUGAUCUCGCUCCCGCUGUCCGGUGAGAUCUGCUUCUACCUGGACUGGACCUACGUCUUCUACAUAUUCGGUGUCUUCGGCCUGGUCUGGUUCGUCUUGUGGUCUUUCCUCGUCUUCGACAGUCCGAAUACUCACCCGCGGAUUUCAGAGCAGGAGCGACUCUACAUCACCAGCUCGCUGAGGAACGAGCUGUCCACCUCAGCAGGCCACAUCCCCUGGCGAGCCAUAGCCACGUCCAUGCCGCUGUGGGCCAUCGUGGUCGCUCACUUCUCCUACAACUGGACCUUCUACACGCUGCUCACCCUGCUGCCCACCUACAUGAACGACGUGCUGGGAUUCAGCAUCCAGCAGAACGGUUUGCUGUCGGCUCUUCCGUACGUCGGCUGCGCCGUGUUGGCGGUUCUGAGCGGUCAGCUGGCCGACUUCCUGCGAGAGACGUGCCUCUACCGCACGGUGACGGUCAGGAAGUCCUUCUCCCUCGCCGGCAUGCUGGGGCCCGCCGUGUUCCUGGUGGCGGCGGGGUACACGGGCUGCAACUACUCGCUGGCGGUGACCUUCCUCACCAUCUCCUCGGCUCUGGGCGGAAUCUCGGCCUCCGGCUUCAACAUCAACCACCUGGACAUCGCGCCUUCGUACGCUGGCAUCCUGCUGGGAAUCACCAACACCUUUGCUACCAUCCCCGGCAUGGUGGGGCCGGUCAUCGCCCGAGCCCUCACCCAACAGAACACCAUGGAGGAGUGGCAGAGCGUCUUCUACAUCGCCGCCGCCAUCAACGCUUUCGGGGCGGCGUUCUACGCCCUGUUCGGCCGAGGGAGCGUGCAGCCGUGGGCCGUCCACAGCAGCUACCCACACGGAGACUGAGGCGGGCUCUCAUGUGCUCCACAUGUGCUCCAGAUGUGCUGCUGGUUGGCAGUGACGGCCAUCGAGGAACUUCCUUUUGGACCAAGCUUUUAUUGUUUUGUAGCAGAUUGAAUAUUUAAGGAGCAAAAAUGAAGCCUAGUCGACAGACUCCAUUAUUUCUGCCUCCAGGUCAGGUGAUGAAGAGAUGCUCCUCAGUGGACUCUCCUGAGCCGUUGCCAUAGUAACAGUCCAAACGGUGACUCUUCAGGAUGUUUGGGGGAAAUGCCUUAAAGGGAAACUUCUUUAAAAUGAUGUUCAAGCUCGUUUAAUUCUGUUUUAAUGUGCACAACAAUUUGUAUCGUGACAUCUUUGUACGUUUUAUUUUACCUUCAACACUAAAGCUGUUGAACUUCCUCAGGUGUCUGUGACGAGGAUUUAAAGGGAUGUUUACCUUCUUUAUUUUUCAAGCCAUUCCUUUUCUUUCCAUAAUGUGUCUUUAUACAUAAUGACUACAGAAGGGAAACAUUUAGUUGUAACUUUGUCAAGCAGUUAAUCUUCAUCCUACAGGUUUAUUGUAUUAUAUGAAGUACACAAAGGGACUUUUGACUUGUAUACUCAGAAACAUGAUUUAUUGUAUAUGCUUAAA